AUGAAACAAUUGCAAUGCAAUGCUAAGAAAUUUGCUUAUAAGUCUUUGCAUUUUUGUUGUGGAAAUGGCGAUGUUCGAAUUGCAGCAAAUGAAUACCCUGCUGAACUUACAAGACUUUUUACUUCGCAAGAAGAAAUUGCUAUUCAUUUCAGAAAGUAUGCAAGAUUGCGUGGACAACUAUAUCAUUUUGUCCCAGAUCUUUUGCCCGCUGAUAGUAACCCUAAAUAUCUACAACUUUAUUUUUAUGAUGGCCAAAAUGAGACUGAGAAUCGUUUAGGAUGUUUUCCUGAACUAAGACAAGAAGUCAUAGACAUUUUAAUGAAUGUCUCUAAAGAUAAUCCUUGUGCUAGAUUUUUUCAAUCUUUGAAAGAAGUAGAAGUAAAUGAAGAUACUAAGAUUGUCAUAAAUCGAGAUACCGUGCUUGAUCAACGAGUAUAUAAUGCCCCAGCUUCUAAUGAAGUUGCUGUGAUUUGGCCUGAUAACACUUCUUCAAGUGAAAGUUUAGGCCCACAUAUUCUUGUAUCAGGUAAUCAGCUGACUCUCAUAGAAUUCAGCAUUAUUACGGUGCAUCUGGUAGACAUACAUACAAAGGCUGAUAAAUUUGUUUCUCCAAGAGAAUAUUAUGCAUAUAAGUUGCAGAUCAGACCUAACAACGUGCUUUUAAGGACAAUGCUCCAGUACAUCGUAGACAUGUAUGUGAAGAUUGAAAAUACGAGGCUUGAUUUCUUCCGUCGACAUCAAGAUAGUAUUCGAGCUGAUCUAUAUCAAGGCAUACUUGAUACAGUUGAAGCUAGAGAGAUUAAUCCAUCAAAUGUAGGCCAUAAAUUUGUUUUACCGCCUACAUUCCUUGGUGGUCCAAGGGAUCUGAAAAGGCGUUACUAUAAUGCUAUGGCUCUGGUUCACAGGUUUGGUAAGCCGGAUUUAUUUAUCACAAUGACGUGUAAUGCAAAUUGGCCAGAGAAAAGGGGGCUACCUCAUGCUCAUAUUUUAUUGAUUCUGAAGUUGGAGUUCAAAUUGAAAAGUCCAGCUGAUUAUGACAAGUAUGUUUCUGCAGAAAUUCCUCCCUUAAGUAAUCCUAUAUUGCAUAGGAUUGUAUUAAAACAUAUGAUGCAUGGGCCUUGUGGUCGAAUGAAUCCACAAUGUUCUUGUAUGCAGAAGAAAGGAGAGAUCUGUUCCACCAUAAAAGCAGUGAAGUUUCUAUAUAAGUAUGUAUACAAGGGUCAUGAUAAAGUGUCCUUUAAUAUAAAACCAGAUGGUAGAUACGUAGCUGAUGAAAUUACGAAGAACCAGUUAGGCAGGCAGAUGGUAUGUGUGCACCCAUACGAGCGUAAGGAUGCUUAA